AUGGCGAAGAACCAACCACCCAAGAAGGGCGUCGCCUACAAGCCGAAGAAGAAGAGCUCCGAGCCCACUGCCGCGCAAGUCGGCCCAGUCCAGGACACACUAUCUCUGCCAAGCUCGGGCCUGGAGUCUGACGACGACGAUGGCGAUGACAUGCCUCUCACUGUCUCCAACGCCUCGCUGAUCAACCGCAAGCGUAAGCGUACCACCAAGACGGCACCAGAACAACUCGACGAGAAGCCAAAGAAGCCUCGAGUCUCAGCGGAAAUCUCUCGUCCUCGCCCACAAACCCUGCGACGUCAAGCUCCGAGCAAGGCUCACGAUCCAGAGAACGCGCCUUCCAAGGAGGCCAUGUGCCGUGCCAUGAGACAAGACUCUAAAGUUGGGCUCAGAGAGUUUUCGGAUGCUGAGAAGCGCGAUUUCUGCAUAGUUCACCUACCAGCAUACCUUGGCACAGCGACCAUGACCACCUCACCAUUCCAAAUUGAUCAGUGGAUCGAGUCUUGGUGGAACAGGCACGGCAAGCAGUCGUGGGCGAAGCUCAAGAAACGUCAGCGCGAGUUCGAGAGUGCCUCGAGUGGUAGCGAUGCCUCCACGCUGUCAAUCAGCGACGUCUCGGCAUACAAGCAGAGUGGUAAGGCGCCUCGCGCGGCUUUGAAGAGCGUUGUUCAACCACAGAUACCAUUCUCGGAGCUGCCGAAGAUUGAGAAGAAAUCGAAGAAGCGCAAAUCGAGCGCUGGAGAAGAAGAGGACGGGGUGCUGCGAGCACUUUCCACCAACAAGAAAGCACGCACUGGCACGAGCGAGACUCACGCCGAUUUGUCACACCAGAUGGUUGGCGCUGCCGAAGAUCGCACUUCCACAUCGCGUGAGACUUCGAAUGCCAAUGUUACCCCAAUCGCCGCGUGGAAAGACAUUGAGAAGGCGCCAGAGACAGCAGUCGAGAAAGCUGAUACUCCUCAAGCUCGCCCGAUGACUGGUCGGGAAGCGAUUGCUCUCGCCGAGAAACAGAAUCGCGAGGCACGCGAAGUGGCAGAGCGCAAGACGUACGACGAGAAGCAGACCGAUGUGGAUGGCGAGAUUGCCAAGCGCCUGACAGAGCCAAGCCAGGUGCCAAAGGUCAACGUGCCGAGCUUUGGGGCUUACAACGUCCUUGAGAGUCUCGGUAUUGGCAAGAAGUAG